AUGUCUGCAGCCCCGCGUCCACCAUUCUUGCCGGGCAGUUUAGAGGAGUUCACUGAACAUGCUGCAACCCACCACUCUGAAUGGUUUCAAUACUGUCGCCUUGCUUAUGAGUAUAUUGAGGAGGCAGAGGCUGCUAUUACUGAAGCAAGAGGACAAGCUGAUCAGACCAGCCUGAAGCUUCAAGCCUCUGAAAUGGAAGUGAGCCGCCUGAAGGAAGAACUCUCUGCCCUACACCUCAAACAAGAGAAAAACCAAGCCUGA